GUGGAAAUGUUUCAGAACACGAUGAACUGUAAAUUGUCAAUUGAGAACACCUGCGCUUAAAAUACUAUGCCAAGGAAUCUUUAUACAUGCAGAUACCUUAUAGAAAUGAAAAGUUUCAUCCUUGAAGUAAUCGAGAAAUCACAAGUCUCCGGGGAACACAUCAGGUUGGUUCAAAGGCAAUAUUUAAGGUGUGCGGCAGGGCGGUAUAGGAGACAGCCGUACAAAUCUGUUUACAGAUAAUUUUGAAUCAUAAUUGAAUGAAUCAACCGACGCACAAUUUAUUCUGUUCCUGGCGUAAAUUGACACAUGAAUACAUGAUUAAGGAUUCUUACCGCAAGGUAACUUUACUCGUCUACUUGAAGUGGAGUGUGUACCAGUACUUUAAAAUCAAUCUUGCAAGUUGCAAGCAAACGGUUGUACGAUGUUGGUGCCUGGUUGAUGCAUAUGAGACCAUAUUUUGAAACUUGAGACUUCCAGGUAAUUACGAGAUUCUAUUCUUGUACACACGGAAGACCCGUCAUGUUUAUAAAUCUAUUCAGUAAGAAUUGUAUGGUCUUAAUCCACACAAAGAAGUAUCAGUAUUUGGGUUUCUAACGUAAAUCUGGCUGGCUUCCUUUAAUGCAAAAUACGAAAAUUGUUUUCAUUUCUAAGAAGCAAAACUGAGCAGGUGAUAACAAUUUAUGCAACUGGUCUCUAAGGAAGGUGCUUGCCACAAGUUUCAAUCGAAUGUGGUAGAAAGAAAAAUGUGGUGUCAAAAAAGGCAGUUUUUAGGGAGUUGAACCAAUGAGAAGCUGCUGGGCUUGGCCUUGGUUUUCCUCACAAUAUAUACUACUAUAUCUUAUUCAUUACUCCCAAUGCUCAACUCUUAUUGGUUUCUAGGAUCUGCUUAACUUUGACAACUUUACAUAUUUAAAUUCUCCUUCAACCCAAUAGUUUGCUUCCUUGCAUAACUAUGCUUGAUUUCUCUACAUUCUGCACAAUGUUGAUUGCUUGAACUCACAUCCACAAUGAAGUUCUUUGGCUGGGUGCAGAAUAAGUUUCAAAGUGGCAAAGGGAAGACAGAGUCAAAUACAGUUUCAAGUAGUCAUCAUACAUUUCCAGAAACUAAAAAAGAAGAGUUUAGUGACUGGCCCGAAGGAUUACUAAACAUUGGUACAUUUGGUGAUAGCAAAUUACCAGAAAAUGCAGAACGCAAAAAUCUUCAGGAUGAUGACCAACCUCUUGAUCAUGAAUUAGCUGAAUUUUCACCUGAAGAAGUUAGUAAGCUUGAGAAGGAGUUGACAAAAUUAUUAUCCAAAAAACCUGUUCCAAAGGUUGAUGGAGAAACUGCUAAUCUUCCCUUGGAUAGAUUUAUGAAUUGCCCAUCAAGCUUGGAGGUUGAUCGCAGAAUCUCUACCUCCUUAUGUAGCGACUUGAAUGAUAAAGAUGAAGAAGAUGAUAUCAACCGAACAAUAAGAGUGAUUCUUGGUCGAUGCAGAGAUGCUUGCAUGGAAACUAAGAAGAAAUCAAUUGGAAAGAAAUCACUUUCCUUUCUCUUAAAAAAGAUGUUUGUGUGCAGAAGUGGAUUUGCGCCAGCUCCCAGUUUGAGAGACACUUUUCAAGAAUCCAGAAUGGAGAAGCUAUUGAGGACCAUGCUUACAAAGAAAGUGUAUCGACAAAACUCAUCUCGAGCAUCAUCAAUGAAGAAAUACAUAGAGGACCGACAAACAUCAGAAGUAGAAAAAGAAGAGGAAACAGAGGAAACAUCAAAUGUUCAGGGGAAUAAAUGGGUGAAGACUGAUUCUGAAUACAUUGUUCUAGAGAUUUAGAUACUGCCUGUAGCAGAUAGAUUGCAAGGUGAACAAAUCAGAGGCGGCCUCUGCGCUGCUUAUAUUUGAAAGAUCAAGUUCACGAUAUGAAGCCCGAAGUACUGCAGUUACAUACAUUUUCAUGGUGAAUUUGCUCACGAUACGUGUUGGCAUGUUGUGUAAUACUCUUGAGAUUUAUGUACCUAUGUUAUCAACUUCUUUCAUACACGAUACAACACUCACAGAUAGCAGCUUUACCCUUAAGUUUAUCAUAGCUUAUAAAUCCUGAAGACAUGAAACGAUGACAAACCAAAACAAAGCCGUUCAACUUCUUCUUUCAGA